AUGUUCGGGCUCCUUUCCCUUUUCAUCUCAUUAGUUGCGGCUUACCCUGCUCGGGGGCCAUGCACUGGUGACUGCUGGGCUCAUGAUCCUUCCAUGAUCCAGCGUCAGUCAGAUGGCAAGUACUUCCGCUUCUCCACGGGCACAGGUGUGAACAUCAUGUCCUCUCCGGCCCUGAAGGGACCUUGGACAGACUUGGGUGCUGCCUUGCCUGAUGGCUCCAAGAUCGACCUCAGUGGUGCAAACACGACCAAUAUCUGGGCUCCCGAUGUUCAUUACGCCGACAGCACUUACUACAUGUACUACGCAAUUUCCGCCCUUGGUACACAGACAUCCGAGAUCGGCGUUGCUACUUCCACCACUAUGGAGCCCGGUUCGUGGACUGACCACGGCAUUGUUGGUAUCCCCGCAAACUCUGAUUACAACCGCAUCGACCCCAACUGGAUUGAGAUCGAUGGCAAACAAUACCUUCAAUUCGGUUCUUUCUGGCAAGAUAUUCACCAAGUCGAGCUUACGAGCGCACUGAAAGUCGGCUCCAACACUCCUUACCAGAUAGCAUACAACGCUUCUCUCAACCACCGCGAGGAGGGAUCUUUCCUGUACCAGCACGGUGACUACUACUACCUCUUCUUCAGCGCUGGUAUUGCCGGAUCGUACACCGCGACUACCCCCGCUGCGGGCGCUGAGUACAGUAUUCGUGUGUGUCGCUCCACUACCGGACUUGGUGGAUUUGUGGAUAAGGACGGCACCGCCUGUACAAACUCCGGCGGAACAAUGCUAUUGGCCAGCCACAACCAGGUCUAUGGACCCGGUGGAGAGGGUGUUCUCACAGACAGUGAUCUCGGACCUAUUCUCUACUACCACUACUAUCCCCUCGCUGAGAAGGAGGCUGGUGGCGAUGGUACUGCAGGAUACCGCUAUGGGUGGAACGAGCUCGGCUUUACCGAUGGGUGGCCUGUCGUCAAGGCUGCUUAA